GUGGUCGUGGUGGUGGUCGUGGUGGUGGUGGUGGUCGUGGUGGUGGUGUUGGCAAAGACGACGACGAAGACGAGAAAGACCGAAGGACGAGCCGAUGCCGCCGCCGGCCCGAGCCUCGGCAACGCUCGGAGCAUGAACGAGGACGUCUCCAACUUAUCGGCGCGCCUCUCCCCCUCGGCCGCGAUGAUCAUGGAGGGCUCCAUCGACGGCAGCAACUCCUCCUCGUCCCUGGCCGCCGCCUCCGUGGUGCCCAGCUUCUCGUCGGUGAACCCGUGGGACGUGGCGCUGUGCGUCACGGGCUCACUCAUCGCGUGCGAGAACGCCGUGGUCGUGGCCGUGAUCGUCCACUCGCCCGCGCUGCGCGAGCCGAUGUUCCUGCUCAUCGGCAGCCUCGCCACGGCCGAUCUCCUCGCGGGCCUGGGACUCAUCUUCUACUUCGUUUUCCAGUACGUGUACCAGUCGGACGCGUCGAGCCUGGUGAGCGUCGGCCUCCUGGUCGCCUCCUUCUCCGCGUCCGUGUCCAGCCUGCUGUCCAUCACCAUCGACAGGUACCUGUCGCUCUACUACGCGCUCACCUACCACUCGGAGAGAACAAUGUCGUGCACCUACAUCAUGCUCGCCACCACGUGGGGCGCGUCGAUGGUGCUCGGCGCGUUGCCCUCGCUCGGCUGGAACUGCCUGCGCGACUUCGCCUCGUGCAGCAUCAUCCGGCCGCUCACCAAGAACCACGUGGUCUUCCUCUCCGUCACCUUCCUCUUCGUGUUCGCCAUCAUGCUGCAGCUGUACGCGCAGAUCUGCAAGAUCGUGUGCAGGCACGCGCAGCAGAUCGCCGUGCAGCACCACUUCCUCGCCACGUCGCACUACGUGACCACCAAGAAGGGCGUCUCGACGCUUGCCAUCAUCCUGGGCACCUUCGCCGCGUGCUGGAUGCCCUUCUCCAUCUACAGCCUCAUCGGCGAUCUCAGCUUCCCCAGCGUCUACACGUACGCCACGCUGCUGCCCGCCACCUACAACUCGGUCAUCAACCCCAUCAUCUACGCGUUCCGCAACCAGGACAUCCAGAAGGCGCUGUGGAUCUUGUGCUGCGGGUGCCUCUCCACCAACGUGCCUUUCCGCGCGAGGACACCCAGCGACGUUUGACCGCUGCCUGCCCUGCCCUGAGCCCGCGCGCGCGCGCCCCACCACCCGCCCCGUUGUGCGGGUGGUGGUUGCGUUGGUAGUGGUGGUGGUGGUGGCCACUUUGGUUGUCAAAGUGAGGAGUGGAGGUGGUGGUG